AUGACUUCAAAUAUUGUCGGGUCAAUCAAUUCAGCAAUCAAAGUUGCAAGAAUACUACCCAUUACUGCAAUGAUGGAGUGCCUUAGAAGUUUGGUACAAAAAUGGGUAUGGAAAAAUGGAAAUGAAGAUAAUGGAACAUUCACACAAGUAUCAUCAGAGGCUGAAGCUGUGCUUAGAGAAAUUUUUCUUAGUGCAAUGACAUAUGAGGUAUCACCAAUCAACACCAUAUUGUAUCAAUUAAAGGUACAAGACAAAUUGAACUUUCUUGUAAACCUACUAGAUGAAACAUACGAAUGCAACAGGUUCCAACAAGAUGAAAUACAAUGUGCACAUGCAAUAGCGGUAUUUGCAAAAAGAGGACUAAAGAUUUAUGAUUAUUUUGCUGAUUAUUACAAAACAACAACAAUGAAAGCAACAUAUGAAUAA